GAGAUCGUGCCCGGGCGAGAGGUUUCAAACCAAACACCCCAGGUCUAACCCAAUCCAAUCCAAUCCAAUCCCUUCGCCGGGCCAAAUCCGGUGAGCUGCCUGACCGGGAGGGGGAGUUCCGUAUAUAUAAGCAUCGCGGCCCUCCGCCGCUGCGGUCUUCGUCGCUCCUACCGCCACCGGAUUCUCCUCUCCCCGCCCCUCUCGUCGCUAAGCUCUGCCGCCUCCGUUGCCGGCCGGGAGGGAGAGAGAAAGAGAGGGAGAGCGAGGGGAUACAGAUACAGUGCAGGGAUGGCGGGGGAGGCGGUGCGGGAGCUGCGCGCGAGCUUCGCGGCGGGGCGGACGCGCCCGGCCGAGUGGCGGGCGGCGCAGCUCAGGGCGCUCGUGCGGAUGAUCGACGAGAAGGAGGCCGACAUCACCGCCGCGCUCCACGGCGACCUCGCCAAGCCGCACAUGGAGUCCUACCUCCACGAGAUAUCACUCGCGAAGUCCUCGUGCAAGUUCGCGCUCAACGGGCUCAAGAACUGGAUGAAGCCCGAGAAGGUACCUGCGGCCAUAACUACGUUCCCGUCCUCUGCGACAAUCGUGCCUGAGCCCCUCGGUGUGGUGCUCAUCAUAUCCGCCUGGAACUACCCUUUCCUGCUCUCUAUUGACCCGGUCAUCGGAGCAAUAGCUGCUGGAAAUGCAGUUGUUCUGAAACCAUCAGAAAUAGCGCCGGCAACGUCGUCAAUGUUCGCAAAGCUGCUACCUGAGUAUGUUGACAGCACAUGUAUCAAAGUUGUGGAGGGAGGUGUUUCGGAAACGACCGCGCUCUUGGAACAAAGAUGGGAUAAGAUCUUCUACACAGGUAGCGGGACUGUAGGACGCAUAGUUUUGGCAGCCGCCGCAAAGCAUCUGACCCCGGUGGCUCUGGAGCUUGGUGGAAAAUGCCCUGCUAUUGUCGAUUCUGACGUUGAUCUUCAUGUUGCUGUUAAGAGGCUCGCUGUUGGCAAAUGGGGAUGUAACAAUGGCCAAGCAUGCAUCGCUCCAGAUUACAUCAUAACGACGAAAUCAUUUGCACCAGAGCUGGUGGACUCUUUGAAAAGAGUUCUGGAGAGGUUCUAUGGAAAGGAUCCUCUGGAAUCGGCGGACCUGUCUCGUAUUGUUAAUUCUAAACAUUUUCAGAGAUUGACAGAUCUGAUAGAAGAAAAGAGAGUAGCUGACAAGAUUGUGUAUGGUGGCCAGACUGACGAGAAGAAGCUAAAAAUUGCUCCCACAAUAUUGUUGGACGUUCCCCAGGAUACAGCACUCAUGACCGGGGAAAUAUUUGGCCCCUUCCUUCCUAUUGUGACGGUGGAGAAGAUCGAAGAUAGCAUUGACGUGGUGAACUCCAAGACCAAGCCACUGGCGGCCUACCUCUUCACCAAGAACAAGAAGCUGCAGCAGGACUUUGUGGCGAACGUCCCCGCGGGAGGAAUGCUCGUGAACGACGUCGCGCUGCAUCUGACGAACCCGUACCUCCCCUUCGGCGGCGUGGGCGACAGCGGGACGGGCAGCUACCACGGCAAGUUCAGCUUCGAUUGCUUCAGCCACAAGAAGGCGGUGCUGGUCCGCGGCUUCGGCGGCGAGGCGGCGGCGCGGUACCCGCCCUACACGCCGGAGAAGCAGAAGAUCCUGAGGGGCCUCAUCAACGGCAGCUUCAUCGCGCUCAUCCUGGCGCUCCUGGGCUUCCCGAGGGAGAGGCGCUAGGCUAGACGAUCCCCCUUCCGGUUCAGUUCAGUUCGGUACAGGCUUUUGUUCGUGUUCGUCCGGUGCAGAGUAGUAGCAUACAAUACAGCCAUCACGCUGCCAGAUGCAAGGCGCCACCACUCCGUGUGUGUGUGUGAGUACACAGUUUGUAUGAUGCAUUAUACUGUCGCAUUGGGAUGUGCGAUAUUGAAUUGUACGUAAGAGAGUUACAUUACAUGAAUAAUCUGUUAAUUCAGAGUGCAGAAUGGUUGGGGAUAGGAUGUCUGUGGCAUCUCUCUGACGAUACUGCAGCUCAUACGUGUACUGCUGUUAACUGGUCGAUGAAGCUGAUGUGUUUUGGAAUCGAUGGACUGGUGGAGAGAUGGAA